AUGAUAACAGGCUGUGCUCAUAAUGGCGAUUGUAAUGCUGCUAUUGAGCUCUUUCGUGACAUGAAAAUAAACAAUUUUCAGCCGGAUAACUACACCUACACAAGCAUGUUAUCAGGGUUGUCUCUUAUAGCUGAGCACGAAUUACAUUGUCAGCAGCUACACUCUGAAAUUGUGAAGUCUGGAACCGGGUUUGUCACAUCGGUUGUAAACUCUCUUAUUUCUCUUUAUAUCAGGUGUUCUUCUUCACCUUUCGUAACACCUUCUUUUAUUAAUGGAUGCUGCACAAAAACUGUUUGA